UUGACCCUGGACAUUAAUAAAAUGCUGGAUUCAAUCAAGUGUGUCCUGGUGGGAGACUCCGCGGUGGGGAAAACGUCUCUCUUGGUACGUUUCACCUCUGAGACUUUUCCAGAUGACUACAGACCCACUGUAUAUGAAAACACCGGAGUGGAUGUCUUCAUGGAUGGUGUACAGAUUAGCCUAGGUCUUUGGGACACAUCUGGCAGCGAUGCCUUCAAAAGCAUUCGCCCCCUCUCAUACCAACAGGCAGAUGUAGUAUUAAUGUGCUACUCAGUGGCAAACCACAAUUCCUUUCUGAACCUGAGGAACAAAUGGAUUGGCGAGAUCCGCAGCCAUUUGCCCCGCAUCCCCGUUUUGGUAGUGGCUACUCAGACUGACCAGCGUGACACGGGGCCCUACCGUUCCUCCUGCAUCAGCCCGAUAGAUGGGAAGCGGCUCGCCCAGGAUGUGCGAGCCAAAGGCUAUUUGGAGUGCUCUGCCCUCAGCAACCGAGGGGUGCAGCAGGUGUUUGAGUACGCCGUGCGGACAGCAGUCAAUCAAGCCAAAAGGCAGAACAGGCGAAAGCUCUUCUCCAUUAACGAGUGCAAGAUCUUUUGAGGACCGUCAGCAGUGGGUUUGCCCGCGUUCGUCCUUUCUUCGCACAAAGAUACUGUGGCAGAGAGAAUGGGAGGUGAAUCAAAGGAGGACUCCUGGCAGGACCACAGUGCAGGUGGCCCUAGUGAGACAGAUGUGCACUCUAUCUGAUCUGCUCCCCCCCAACAC